CCUCAACCCGGGUAGAGAGUCCACUUGGCAUUGUUUCAAUAUGAUGUUCAGAUUGACGAUUUUGGCUUGUCUGGCAAUUAGCAGUGCCACAGCAGAGCCUGGUCUAGAACAUGCCUCGUUCGGAUAUGGAGCACACAUGUUCGGUGGGAUCAACCCCGAACUGUACACCACAGCCAGAGCCAUAGCACCGCUACAGUACGGAUCCAGUGGGCCGAUGGUGUAUGCAGGUCAGCUGUAUGCGAGUCCAAUGCACAAAACCUUCAGACCAAUGGGCAGUGCUCCGCUGCAGUACGCAGCCUCCCUACCGGUAAGCUACGCCGCUCCGGCUUCUCUAGCUUACAGCAGCCCGUAUGCUUCCCAUCCCCAUGCUCAUAUGAGCUACGGAGGGCACACUUCGCUGGCAGCUAGCUAUGCGGCUGCUGCUCCGCCUACGACUCCAUUUCACAACCCAUCCCAAUACGCUUCGUACGCAGCCGCUCCUGUACACACCGGACACGUUCUGGGCUCCACCGGUGCAUCCUCACCAUCAUCACUCGAUUAUGCCGCUGCUCUCGCCAACAGUCAAGCUUACGGAGGGAGUUCUGCCUAUGCACAGCAGCAGCAUUUUCAGCAACAAUAUCAUCAGCAGCAGCAGCAGCAACAGCAACAGCAUCAACAACAACAUCAACAACAACAGUCCUACCAGCAACUUCUGGAUGCCGCAUAUGGCCGGUCUGCCUCUGAGCUCUACAGUCGAGGAGUACCAUUUGCAUAUCCCAGCCAGGUGGCGGCGAGUAGUGCGGGCCAGGAGGUUGCUCGCCAAGUGGCCGUUCAACUUUCUUCGGGUUACCACCAACAACCGGCGGCAUCGGCUUUCGGGGAAGCACGCGCGCACGCUCGGUCAGAUAGUCAGUAGGAUCCGUUGGUUGGAGAAGUACCUGCACGUGGUCCACUACCACCGGAAGCACUAGCUGAUGGCCUUGAAGAGAGCCAGAGUAGCGUUAGUCAUGUGUCUAUAAUUAUUUAUUUUUACACUAAAAUAAAUCAAUUUAAGUUAUAUUAGGGAAUGUAAUAAAGCAUGU